AAUCUUCUUUGGAAAUUUAAUCUGUGCACACUUUGUAUGUAUAUACAUAUGAACACAUAUAUACGAAUGUCAAAGCGGACAUGGCGAACUUCAGCGAGAAUUCACACGAAAUGACAGAAAAUAACAUUCAACAACGUUGUAAUAUACAAUGGGUAAAAUUAAAUGUGGGCGGAACAUAUUUCUUAACUUCAAAAACUACGUUGGCCCGGGAUCCUAAUUCAUUUCUGUAUCGACUUUGUCAAGAAGAUUCGGACCUCAUAUCGGACAGGGAUGAAACUGGUGCUUACUUAAUAGACCGUGAUCCAACAUAUUUUAGUCCUAUCUUAAACUAUUUAAGACAUGGUAAAUUGGUUAUCAAUAAGGACUUAACUGAAGAAGGUGUAUUAGAAGAGGCAGAGUUUUAUAAUAUUACGGAACUAAUUCGACUAGUUAAGGAACGUAUUAUAAUGCGAGAUACAAGACCUUUGAGAGAUUCAAAGAAACAUGUCUAUAGAGUAUUGCAAUGUCAUGAGGAUGAAUUAACACAAAUGGUAUCAACAAUGUCUGAUGGAUGGAAAUUUGAACAGCUAAUCAAUAUAGGCUCCCAAUAUAAUUAUGGGAAUGAUGAUCAUGCUGAAUUUCUAUGUGUGGUGAGUCGUGAAUAUGGACCAAGUCAAAUCAAUAGCAAGGAACAGGAAUCAACUGAUCGUGUUAAGGUCUUACAACAGAAGGGAUCACGCAUGUAAUCUAAAUCCGUCCCUUAUCCCUUCUUGCCUCCUUUAAUUAGAUCAACUGUGCAGCAAGAAGACGAAGACUGUAUCUGUUUUUUAGUUAAUAGUUUAUUUUUUAAGAUUUAUACAGUCUCCAUUUGUAAGUUUUUCAUUUCUAUAUGAUUAUAAUGUAGCAAAAGAAUAAUAUGCAGAACUGUAAAAAUUUUAAUUAUAUUUUCUACAGAUAUUUAUUAUUUAGCAAUAUUGUAUAUGAAACUUUUAAAGUGAAAACUAUUACACCUUCAUUAUUAAUGAAGAUAUGUACAUUUUCAUUUACUUGUUGUAAUGAAAGACAUUACUUUCACGAAGAAUAUUUCACUUACUCAAUAUUUUAUAAUUUUAUAAAAGUUAACAAUUGAAAUAAUUCUAGAAAGAUACUAUUCUUUUUUUUUUUUUUAAUACAUUACAGUAAUCUGCUUUCAAAGGAGACAUACUAAGGAUAAAAUGGCAAACAUGUUACUAAUAACCAAAGUUAUCUAACAAUAGCUAAAGUUAUGUUUUAGCUUUACUGAGUAGUUUAAUGGACAAUAGUGUUUAUGGAAGUCAUCUUUUUCAUAAAAAAUUUCUACAAAGAAUGUAGAUAUACGUGGUAGUGCAUAGCUUAUCCUUUUGUACCAAAUUUUUUGUAUAAGAUUUCUUUUUAUUUGUAAUUAUAUCAUAAGAUUCUCUAAAUUACUUACCUUGCACUGCCGCUACAAAACAUAAUGUACAUGAUAUUUAUAUAGCUAGCAUUAUAACUUUCAGUAUCUGGAUCAAAGUGUUUACUACUAACUUGUUAAGUAGUCUUCAGAUACAUAUUAGUAUUGAAACAAUAAAAAAUUUUUAAAGAAAAUAACUUGUUACAUUAUUCUCUAAGAUCACAAUGUUGGGCCUUAUGCUAUAAAACAGGUAAACAUUCAAAAAAUUAUAUCACAAAAAAUAAUAAUUAUUGAUUAUGAUGCAGAUUAUUUAGCUACAUAUAUGUUCAUCCCUUUAAUAAUAAAUAAAAUCAUUAAGGGGAUAAUGAAUUAUUAUAUAUAUUUCGUUUUUAUAAGUUUUGGUUAAUUUGUGACUUCGUAUAAUAUGUACAUACACAUAUACAUAUAUAAUUCUCAGUAACAAUAAUACUGAGAAAAUUUGCAAUAGACAUUGUUUGUCAAUUGUUUCAGGCCUACUAAGAAAUCAUCCUAGACAAUAUAUGCAUAUUUAGAAAUUGAAUAAGAAAAAAAAAAUAUAUGUACCUAAAACAUAUUAUUCUAAAUAUAAAUAAUACAAUAUUGCAUUGAUUGAUCAAUAAGUAACAUUGGAAUUUCCAGUAUUUUAUAUCUAAAUAAACAACAUUGUAUACAGUAUUUUUUACUGAUCAUUCCAAUAUAUUACUUAUUGGCAAAUCCAAUAUAUGUAUAAUCCUAAUAUUUCAAGACAUAACAGAUCAAUGACAUUAGCAGUAAAUUACAUUUUUACAUUAUAAAGAAAUAUAAUAAAAAUAUUAUUAAUAACAGGUUUAUUAACCUCGAAACUUGAAAUCUUUAGAUGAUCGUAAUACUUUUGAUAAAAUUAUUGAUUGCAAUAUCAAUUACUUUUGUGACAAUUAUAUUAAGAAGUAAAACAGUAAUUCGUCAAUAACUUUAGGACCAUUAUUAUUAAUCCAAUUUUUAUGUAUAUUUCAAUCAAUAUAACAAAUUUCUUUCUUAAUUGAAUAUAUUUCUUUAAUUCAGUUAAUGUUAAUAUUUAUAAAUCUAUAUAAUUCUCAACUUAUAAAAGAAUUUAUGCGUUUAUAAAUGAAUUUUUGAACUAUAUAAAUUCAAUAUUUAAUUUUAAUUAUGAGGGUGGUGUGUGUAUAUAUAUAUAUAUAUAUGUGCGUGUUUGUGUAUUUAUGUGCAUAUAUAUGAUACACACACAUAUAUAUAUUAUAAGAAUAUCCCUUUAAUACUACUAUUUAUAAGAAAUGUAAGAAAAAGUAAUAGAAAAAAAAUAUAUAUAAUAAAUAGAAAUAAAUGAAUUUAUAUUUCAACUUAAUUUUCUUGUGAAAAAUAUGAGGUAGUAAUAAAUUGAACCUUAUUAAAUUUAUAGAAGAUAUUAUAUUUUAUUUACAUAAUAAUAUUUGAAAUAUUUCACAUGUAAUUUGAUAGUAUGUACUAUG